UCCAACACACGUCCACUAACCACACCGGCCCGUCUACUGCCCUGCCCGUCAGCGUGGUCCAUGUGGAACUCCACCUUAGGCAAAAAUACAACGAGCGGCCGCUGCUUUCCUUCAAAUACCCAGCCUGACUGACUACUCCUACUCCAACUCUAACUCCAACCGUCGGUGUUGCUUUGCGGAGCUUCUCUCGCCCACCACCUACCAUCGUUCUCCAACACAUUCCCCGUUGCCGCCUCAGGCUCUGUCCUAAGUAUGGCAGGCCUUAAUUUUAUGGACUUGUCGGUCGAUAUUAAAACUCUUAUUGUCCAACACGUCAUCCGGCCAACCGACCUUAAGAACCUAUGCCUCGUCUGCAAACAGCUACACGAAAUCAGCGUCCGUCAGCUCUACCACGAAGUAACCCUCGACGUCGGAAGCGCAAACGAUAACAAGCUGGGCGCGUUCCUAAACCCGAGGAACAUUGGCCUAAAGCAUGUCAGGAAGCUGGAUCUCUACCUUGCGGAUGUCUUGGACAAGUGCAAUCAGCUACAACAGGCGCACUUUGCGAUCCGGAUGAUCCUCGAGCUGCUUCCGGAAAACAUAUUGGAGAAGUUUUCAUGGCAUCCUUGGUCGCCAUUCUCGGGGGAGAAUCUGAUCCUGCUGUACAAGAAACAGAAGAAGAUGAAAUGGCUCGAGGGCAUUGCGCUCGACAAAGAGGUUCUGCAGCAGUUGGAAAAGAUCCCUGAUUUUGACAAGGUAUUCGAGAAUGUAAAGAAGCUGGGACUGUAUCCGGAUAGUCGGGAAGUACUGGACUUCUGCCAUCUGUUAGUGAAGAAGUCCCCGAAGGUGGAAAAGAUUACACUGCAUGCUAGCUUCGAGGAGAGCGAUUCCCCAAUACCUAACCGAGAGCUGAAUGACUCUAGCACUGGUCCUGGGCUGAUAACGAGUACCAUGUUUAGUCACAUGCAUCCGUUCGCAAAAUGCACCCCGAUGGCAUUGAAGGAAAUUACUCUGCAAAAGAUCAACCUACGAUAUGCCACCGAGUCAUAUUGCAGGUUGAUCGACUUCCGGACUGUUAAAUCAAUUCGAGUGUUUGCAUGCCCCGGCGCAGACGCACUAUUUGCCGAGCUUUCCAAGAGCACGAAGCUGCCUGAGAAGCUGGAGACACUAGAAUGCAAGCAUGACGAUAAUAUCGAGAACGACGGGCUAGGUGCAUUAGACGGCUUCAUGUGCUUGGUCUCUGGCAUAAAGACCCUCACCAUCGAUUUGACGCUCGCGAAGAGUUUACCUGCAGCUGCGGGAAUCAUCCGCCAUGGCAAAACUUUACAACAACUCAAUGUACACGCAAGCCGGAUUCCAGACGACUGUGACGAAGAGUUGGUCUACGAUUACUCGUCUUUUUCACAGAUUUGCAAGGAUUGCCCGCUAUUAGAGCAGAUUUCUGUCGCUUUCCCACAGACGUCGAUUCUUCGAAAUAAGAGUGAUUCCUUCACCAACUUUGAGAACUGUUUAGGUGAACUACCCAACUUAGUAACCCUGAACAUCACCACAUGGCCGAAUAAUCAGCCUUCCUCGACAAAAAUGCCGCGGAAAGUCUAUGAGCACUUGCUGCAAGGCAUGGCGCAGCUCGGUUUUGAGAAGAGUGUCCUCCACGCUACCUUGCACAAUCGAACGUCCAAGCUUGCAAUCAUUGCGUUUGGAUCCUCAGACAAGGUGUAUGAUCGGGAGGACAGCCAAAAUCAGAUCAUCUUUGUCAAGGGCAGGCAGGUCGACCCGCUCGGCAAUGAGAAGUCUACGGCCAUCCAGAUUGGCUGGUGCUUGCGCAAGUUUGUGGAUGCUGGACCAAAAAACUCUUCUCCAACACCGCGGCCGCAUCGUCCCCGGCACAUCGUCGGAACAAGCUCCAUGUCGCAACAAUACCCUCCUCCGCCGUCGGACGACACUCACUACGCGCCCAUAUACCCUGCCACGCCGAACACGCAACUCUUCCCCAAGAUUGAGAAUCUGAGCCAUGUCCUGCAACAACAGGCUCAACAGGCUCAUCAGGCGAGCCACGCGUUGAGCGACCAUCAGCACAACCACGCGUCGCCGCAUGUGGGAGACUCGCAGUCCAAACCGAAUCGUCUGCGCAAAGCCUGCGAUUCCUGCAGCAUACGCAAGGUCAAGUGUGACGAAUCUGGUCCGCCGUGUCGGGCUUGCGCUGCUCUCGAUAUUCCCUGUACCUUCGACCGCCCAAGCCGACGCCGGGGGCCUCCGAAUCGACAUGCAGAAGCCAUCAAGAAAAAGCGGCGCGUAGGAGAUGGGGAGCCGGGUUCAGGUCCCUCGACACCGGCAUCACCUACAAACGCUGCCCAUGCGCUUGCGCAGUUGUCCUCGCAUCCACCGCAUCUCUCGGCCGAGUCAAUAUGCAGUCUCCCGACGAUGAAUGCCCUCAUUGACGACUUCUUCACAUAUAUCCACCCACUAUGUCCUUUUCCACAUGAGCCGUCGUUUCGAGAAGCAUGGGAGCGGCGAGAGGACUACUCCAACCCUGCUUUCCUGGCGCUACUCGCGUCCAUGAUAGCAGUCCUUGUGUCUUCGUUCCCUCGAAAACCACGUCUGCACCUGAAGUCACAGACUCGAGAUCAGUAUCCCUCACACCUGUCCCUGGUGGACAAGUGUCGGGAAGUGUGUGCUCAGGCGAGAGGACCUGGCUAUCUUGACCGCCCGAAUUUGAACGUGUACGAUGCUUGCACGAGCUAUUUUUUGGGAUUGACCGGAGCGUACAUUUUCCAGUGGCGCCAGUUGCGGCUAUACUUUGGAGAAUGUCUGACUAUCCUGCGAUCACUGGGCCUCCACAAGGCGCAUGAGCAGGGAUAUACGUACCUGGGUGGUAUUCCAGGUGCCGUGGGUUCACAUGGACCGAAUUUCGAAGGGUCACGAGACUUGAAGCUUGAUAAUAUCACGGAGCAGAUCGGACGGAGGGUGUUUUGGACGCUCUUUGUCGGUGCUAAGACUAUGCAGCAACUAGGGGCUUCGUUCGGCGAGCUUGCUAUUCUACCUUCCACACCAUCCGAGCCUCUGCCUCCACUUCCCCUAGAGAUCGACGAUCCAUAUGUCUACCCUCAAGAUAUAAUGUCUCAACCACCUGGCGUUGUGUCUUUAAUCACAGGAUUCAAUACGAAUGUACGCAUAUACAACUCCUAUUCAACGCUAUCCACCGCCGAAAUGGUCUUUGGCGUGGACGAAUUGUUUGACUGGGACCGCCAACAGAAGAUAUUAGAGCAGUCGCUCCAGCGCUGCAAACAGGUCCUCGAUGGUAUCCCGGAUGUCCUUCAGGUGCAACCCAAGGAUAGCCAGCAUGGUAAAUUUGGUCAACGCACCCAGCCAUACUACCCGCCCAUGCCUGAAUAUGUCAAUGUUCGGGAUCCUACAAACGUUUUCAACGGUAUGGAGUCUCAGGAAGCACGACGCCACCAGCAGUAUGAAAUCCAGAAGGCCAACAUUUACGCCAGUCAUCUCAGCAUUCGAUCUCACCUGGUAGAGAAAUAUUUUGCGCUGUUGGACAAGCACAGUCAUGCGAGGACCCAAGCGGCCUUGCAAGGCUCACCGAGUAUGCUUACAUCUGGGCUCGACCCGCAGAUAACAGACAGUUCAGGAAUCGAUGGCGAACUGCUAGAGAAGGUCAUGAUGGAAGAGCGCGAGCAAGUUGUCAAAGAUGUCCUGGUCGUUCUCGGAAGCAUCGACAUGGUUAACAUGGAGCCAAACGGCGAUAGCUUUACGCAAAAAAUCCGGCAAAUCGCUCGCACCCUCCUCGAUGUGCCUAAAGAGCGCAGAGGCUCCUUGGCUCUACAGCAACACCAAGACUACCUGUACAAAUUCCUUGAUGUCCUGAGUAAGCUUGAGCGAGUCAGCCCGGAAGGCUCAGAUCCGAAUACUAAUGGUGGAGAACUGGCAGAUGAGGAGAGUGAGUUGAGGCAUUGGGCAGAUUUGAGAGACUAUCAACUCAAGUUUCAGGAGCAAGGUGGGAUUUAUGGGUUUUCGUGAUGAAGUGGAAAAGCACAGUGGACUUGCAUUGUUGGGAGAAAAGUUGUGUGCUUGGACUUUGGGGUCCUUACCUAGAUUCUAAGUCAAAUGAGAAGGUAGGUGGAGAUGGAAGGCCAAGAACACACGUAUUGUAGCAGGCCGCAGCUGAUUUGCCUAACGCCUUCGAGGGUAUGCUAUCUGUCAACUCUAAGGGAGCCUUUUUAGAGCGGGGACGUCAACGUGUACUUUUAGUAGAUUUAUUUUGCUUUCCCUGAGCAUUAUGGAAUAUUGCAGGCUGCUACACAAGAAAU